CAAUUUGACAUUUAAGACGCCACUGCCAGCUGAUGAUGUUUGACUGAGAAAAAGUGAUAAAAUUAUUUGUAAUUGUAUUAAACAAAGUGCUUUAAUCUCUCUAGUGCUAUUAAAAUUAAUUAGUAAAUAUUAUACUAUGAACCUUUCUGAAAAUGAGGCUGACGACACCUCAAGCGUGGAUAGUACUUCGAACACAGACAACACAUCACGUAGUGAAACUCCUACAAAUACCCGGGUCAAGAAACGAAGACGCGGAAAGAAAAAAGUAACGAAACAAGUGAAACCCCCAUACAAAUUCAAUUGUAGUGCAAAGGAAGAUCACGGGCAGCCUCUAUUUGGUUGCCAGUUCAACCACCACCUGGGAGAAGGCGAGCCACAGAUAUUUGCUGUGGUUGGAAGCAACAGAGUCUCUAUAUAUGAGUGUCCCGAAGCUGGAGGAUUCAAGUUUCUACAGUGCUAUGCGGAUCCUGAUGUAGAUGAGACUUUUUACACUUGCGCAUGGUCAUACGAAGAGGAGACUCUCCUACCGCUGUUAGCCGUUGCAGGGUCUAGGGGCAUCGUCCGAGUGUUCCAACCCUCCACACAGACCUGCAUCAAGCACUACAUAGGCCACGGCCAUGCCAUCAACGAGGUCAAGUUCCACCCACGCGACCCCAAUCUCCUCUUGUCUGCGAGCAAGGACCACGCUUUGCGACUUUGGAACAUCAUGACCGAUGUGUGCAUCGCUAUCUUUGGAGGAGUAGAAGGUCACAGAGAUGAAGUAUUGAGUGCAGAUUUUGACUUGAAAGGGGAAAGGAUAAUGUCUUGUGGGAUGGACCACUCCCUGAAGCUGUGGAGGCUGGACAAGCCGUCUAUGCACGAGGCAAUCAAACAGAGCUACAACUUCAACCCACACAGAGCAUUGAGGCCUUUCAACUCACUGAAGGAACACUUCCCAGACUUCUCAACAAGAGAUAUACAUAGAAAUUAUGUUGAUUGUGUCAGGUGGAUGGGGGAUUUGAUCUUAUCAAAGUCGUGCGAAAACGCGAUAAUCUGCUGGAAGCCGGGCCGGCUGGAGGAAACGGAGCUGAGACCAGGCGACAACGCUGUCACCAUUGUGCACCGGUUCGACUACAAGGAGUGCGAGAUAUGGUUCAUACGGUUUGCUGUGGACUACAGCCAGAGGGUGAUAGCGCUGGGCAACCAGUGCGGUAAGACCAUGGUUUGGGAGCUAGGCAACGUGGCGGGCGGCUCGCGAGUCUCGCAACUGGUGCACCCGCGCUGUGUGGCCGCCGUCAGACAGGUAACUCUAUCGCGGAACGGCAAAGUGUUGUUAACGUGCUGUGAUGACGGCACCAUCUGGCGUUGGGACCGCGUCAACAACGGGAACACCUAGUUGUAGGAUAUUACCGUUCGGUCGCAAAAAUAAGCGUUCCUGACAUCUGUCAAAAGCAAAAUAUAAAGUGGACAUAACCUUGAUACAUAUGUAGAAGGUAUAAUAUUUGUUUCCAGCAAAUAAUUCGAAUCCUUAAAAUCACGAGCAACAACGCCAAAGCUCUAAACAAAAUGCAUCAUGUUGAAACCCCCAACGCUUAGGAUUCUAUUUCAGCGUUUGAAACGUUCGUAUUUAUGAUAUUAAAUUAUGAUUAUGAAAGUGAUGGACUCAGACGUUAUGUUAAAAAAAAUCGAUUGUCUGUAAAGUCGGUUUACUAACGAUAGUUGAACGUGACAAUGUCAUAAGAAAAUACUGAUGGAAUGCAUUUUUACGAACGGGUAAAAACUUCACAUUUCCACACUAACAAUAGGUAUCUAAUGUCAAACUAUGAAUACAAUAGAUCUAUCUCUGUCGUGCCUUCUUUUAAACUGUUUAUAGGAAGGUUAAUUUUUUAUAGUAGUAUCUCACAAGGCUUUUGGGCUACAUUCCUGCUGAAAGCAAUAACUCAGUGGUCUAUUUGGUGACCUUAAAUUGAUUUAGUUUCUAAUUUAGCUAUAAAUCUCGCCAAAGUUAUUGUCCGUUCCAUAGGCGUAUAUAGCAGGGGGGCUGGGUAGGCCGUGCCCACCCUAGUAUGGACCUGUGCCCACCCUAGGAUUCUGGGCUACCGAUAUGGCAUUCUAUUAUGAUAGCAAUAAUAUAUUUGAUGUCUGGGGCCAGGCCCACCCUAAGAAAUAAUCCUAGAUACGCCAAUGGUCCGUUCUGAACAAAGCAUAUAGGUGCGCUGGGUACACAAUCGUUUCAGCGGGGCUAUUAUACCUGCGCAGUUUGGCAUAUUGCUACUUCAGAGCGGACUAGAAGUUCGCGAAUAUUAUGUGCAAAUCUGUAAUUGAUUUUAAUCACAAUAAUAAGACUGGCUUUAGUCAAAUUAUUA